AUGCUUUUAUUGGGAAGUUCAUCUUACAAUUCACGAAAUUGUCAAAAUAAUCCACAAAUAAAGGGAUUAGUAAUUUGGGAUGACUUCGAAAACAGUUAUGACUUUGCAAAUAUCGAAAUGUUCGCUGCUGUUUUUGAUUUCGAUUAUAAAAAAGUUUUUCGACCUGAUCAGUUGAAACAAGUUUACUGCGACUUUCUUGAUAUGAAUGAUGUUCCUUCAUUUAUUGAAUAUUUUCCGAAUUUAAAGCGACUCCACAUAAAACCCGAUAAAGCGAAUGGCGUUUUUUACAAUGGACCGAAUUUGUCUUCGUUAAAGAUUCUUGAAUUUGUUGUAGGCCAGUUUGUUGAACAAUUCACCGGAUUUCAUUUCAUGGAUUUUUGUCCAUCUUUGGAAAGCGUUUUCUUCACUUGUUGGGCAAAGGAUCUUUAUGUAAAUGAAUCGAUAAAGAAUUACAAUCUAAGAGAUUUGGUUGUCGGUAGUAUUCCUUCUCGUAGUUAUCCGUGGCCACUAUUUAAAAACUGUUGUCUAAAUUUCCUAAUUUACAUCAUCUAG